AUGUCUGACUGGGACCCACCGGUGGCGCCGAUGAAGGACCAUGUCGUCCUCUUCGGCCGCGUCGACGGGGAGGACCGCGGCGAUAACGCCAUCGACCCCCCGAUCCGUCGCCAGGACCCUUAUUUUUGGCUCCGCGAUGACGCCCGGACGGACCCUGACGUCCUCGCCCACCUCCGUCGUGAAAAAGCCCACUUUGAGGCCCGCACCCGCGAUACUGAGGAGCUCGCCCGCGCGAUCUACGAGGAGCACCUCUCCCACAUUAAGGAGACGGACCGCUCCGCGCACUACCUCGAUGGCGGGUUCCUCUACUACACUCGGGAGGAGGCCGGGCAGGCGUAUAAAAUCCACUGCCGCGUACCCCAAGGCGCGGAGGUUGGAGGGCCCGCGGAGGAGGUGCUGCUUGACAUCAACGCCCUCGCGAAAGGGAAGGCAUUCUGCCACGUCGCCAACGUCAGCCCGGCGCCGCCAACGCACGAGCUCAUCGCCUACACGGUCGACUGGAGUGGGAAUGAGGUCUACAUGAUCACCUUUCUGCCCAACGCGCGCGGGGUGACGGAGGAGAUCACAGGAACGGACGGGGAUGUCGUCUGGGCGGCCGACGCGAGCAGUUUCUUCUACACCACCAAGGACGAGGCGCUGCGAAGUGAUAAGAUAUGGCGCCACAUUAUCGGCGAACCGCAGGAAAAGGAUGUGUGCGUGUACAGCGAGAAGAAUCCGCUCUUUUCGGUUUUUAUCAACAAAUGCACCGCCGGCCACACCUGCAUUCUCGGGUCCAACUCGCCGGAGACCAGCGAGGUGUAUUUGCUCGACCUCCGCAAGGGCAACACGCACAACGCGCUGGAGCUGGUGCGCGCGCGCGAAAAGGGCGUUCUCUACGAUGUGGAUCUGCACGACCCGGAGACGUUGGUGAUUCAGACCAACGAAGGGGGUGCGUUCAACAACAAAAUCAUUCUCGCCACGCGGCGGGAACCGGCGGAUUGGCGGACGGUGCUUAUCCCGCACUCCGAGGAGUGCUAUUACUGCGAGCUCUCCGUGUAUCGCAAGUUUUUGCUCGUCUCCGGGCGCACGAAGGGGUUGACGGCAAUCUGGGUGCUAUUCGCGACCCGCAAGGAGGGCUCCGCGGAGGGGUGGGUGUUUCUCCCGGGAACGGAGCUGCGUAUGGAGAGGUUCUCUGAGGAGGCCGUCGCCACCGUGGACGUCGUGUAUUCGCAGAUGAAGCUCUACGACACCGAUACCUACCGCAUGACGUACUCCUCCCUGUCGACGCCGCGGAAGUGGAUGGAUGUGAACCCUUUUACGGGUGAGCAAUCCGUCGUGAAGGCGCAGGAGGUGGGGGGCGGGUUUAAUUCGGAGGAUUACAUCGUGCAGCGGCGCUUCGCGACGGCGCCGGAUAGGGAAAAGAUCCCCAUCUCCCUCGUUUACCACAAGGAUUUGGAUCUGAGCCGGCCGCAGCCGUGCAUGUUGUACGGUUACGGUUCCUACGGGCUUUGUAUCGAGCCGGAGUUCAGCAUUCGGUACCUGCCGUACGUCGAGCGCGGGAUGAUCUACGCCAUCGCGCACAUCCGCGGCGGCAGCGAGCUUGGCCGGCGGUGGUACGAAAUCGGCGCGAAGUACCUCACAAAGCGAAACACCUUCUCCGACUUCAUCGCCGCCGCGGAGGAGCUCAUCGAGGGAAAGCUGACGACGCCUUCUCAGCUGAGCUGCGAGGGCCGCAGCGCCGGUGGGCUGCUCAUCGGGGCGGUGAUCAACAUGCGGCCGGAUCUCUUCCAAGUCGCCCUCGCCGGGGUGCCUUUUGUCGACGUGAUGACGACGAUGUGCGAUCCUUCCAUCCCGCUCACAAUCGGGGAGUGGGAGCAGUGGGGGAAUCCAAAUGAAUACCGUUACUUCGAUUACAUGCUCAGCUACAGCCCUAUCGACAACGUGCGGGCGCAGCGGUAUCCCAACCUGCUCGUGCAGGCGGGGUUGCACGACCCGCGGGUGGCGUACUGGGAGCCGGCGAAGUGGGUGGCGAAGCUGCGCGCGCACCAAACAAACGACGCGGAGAUCUUGCUGAAUAUGGACCUCGAGAGCGGACAUUUCUCCGCGACGGAUCGCUACAAGUACUGGCGGGAAUCCGCCAGCCAGCAGGCGUUUGUGUGCAAGCAUUUGAAGACCAUUGCACGCCUGUUUCGCAAGUAG